GCCCGCGCUGCUCCGCGGCCGCUGCGCUGCUCCGGCUCGUCCCGCGCGUCCCGGCGCUCCCGGGCAGCCCGGCAUGGCGGAGAGCCCCGGCCGGCCCCCGGAGCGCAGCGAUGUGCCGCGGGAGGGGGCCGAGGACGAGGCGGCGGCGGGGGCUCCGCCCGGGCUGUGCCCCGAGGGGGCGGCCGAGCCCCCGGACGGGCCCGCGGAGGGGCCGCGCCUGAGCGCGGAGGCGGCGGAACCCCCCCGGGACAGCGGCUCCCUCGACGGCGCGGCGGAGAGCCCGGGGACACCGAGCGCGGAGCAGCGGGACCCCGGCGGGGACAGCCCGGGGCACGAGGGGCAGCCGGGCGGGGAGCCGGGGGCCCCGGGGGUGAUGGACGGGCCCGAGGGCUCCGCGCCGGCCAGAGCAGAGCCCGAGGGAGAGGCGGUGGCACCGGCGGGGACGGAGCCUGAAGGGGCAGCCCCGGCGGCGAUGGAGCCCGAGGACGCGGCCGCGGUCCCGACGGCGACAGAGCACGAAGAGGCAGCCCCGACAGCGACAGAGCCCGAGGACGGCGCCGUGACCCCGGUGGGGACGGAGCCCGAGGGCGCAGUGGUUGCUCCGACGGGGACGGAGUCGGAAAAAACAGCCCCGGCGCGGACAGAGCCCGAAGGUGCGAUGGUGGCCCCGGCGGGGACGGAGCCCCAGGUGAGAGAGGCGGUGAGGGAGGAAGCCCCGACGGAGAGAGAGCCCCAGGAGGCGGCGACGACAGUCCCGGCGGAACCAGAGCCCGAGAAGGCUGCGGCGACAGCCCCGGCGGGUACAGAGCGCGGAGAAGCAGAGGCAGAAGCAGAGCCCGGAGAGGCAGAGGCGCCAUCGAGGACAGAGGCCGGAGAGGCGCUGAGACAGGCGGUCCCAGAGGGAAGAGAGCCCGAGGAGGCUGCAGUGACAGCCCCAGUGGGGACAUUCCCAGAGGAUCAAGUGCGGGAGGAAGCCCCAGCGGGGACAGUCCCCGAGGAGGCUGUGCAGGAGGCACCCCCGGCCGAUGUGACAGUGCUAGAGGAUGAGGUGCAGGAGGCAGCCCCGGCUGGGACAGUCCCUGAGGAAGGGGCGGCCCCGGUGGGGACAGACCCCGAGGAUGCGGUGCAGGAGGCAGCCCCGGCUGGUGUGACAGUCCCUGAGGAUGCGGUGCAGGAGGCAGCUCCGUCAGGGACAGUCCCUGAGGAUGCGGUGCAGGAGGCAGCUCCGGCAGGGACAAUCCCUGAGGAUGCGGUGCGGGAGACAGAGGCAGCUUCAGCAGGGACAGUCCCUGAGGAUGCGGUGCAGGAGGCAGAGGCAGCUCCGACAGGGACAAUCCCUGAGGAUGCGGUGCAGGAGGCAGCUCCAUCAGGGACAGUCCCUGAGGAUGCGGUGCAGGAGGCAGCUCCGUCAGGGACAGUCCCUGAGGAUGCGGUGCAGGAGGCAGCUCCGUCAGGGACAAUCCCUGAGGAUGCGGUGCAGGAGACAGAGGCAGCUUCAGCAGGGACAAUCCCUGAGGAUGCGGUGCGGGAGGCAGCUCCGUCAGGGACAGUCCCUGAGGAUGCGGUGCAGGAGACAGAGGCAGCUUCAGCAGGGACAAUCCCUGAGGAUGCGGUGCAGGAGGCAGCUCCGUCAGGGACAGUCCCUGAGGAUGCGGUGCAGGAGGCAGAGACAGCUCCGUCAGGGACAGUCCCUGAGGAUGCGGUGCAGGAGGCAGCUCCGUCAGGGACAAUCCCUGAGGAUGCGGUGCAGGAGGCAGCUCCGUCAGAGACAGUCCCUGAGGAUGCGGUGCAGGAGGCAGAGACAGCUCCGUCAGGGACAAUCCCUGAGGAUGCGGUGCGGGAGACAGCUCCAUCAGGGACAGUCCCUGAGGAUGCGGUGCGGGAGACAGCUCCGGCAGGGACAGUCCCUGAGGAUGCGGUGCGGGAGGCAGAGACAGCUCCGUCAGGGACAAUCCCUGAGGAUGCGGUGCAGGAGGCAGCUCCGUCAGGGACAGUCCCUGAGGAUGCGGUGCAGGAGGCAGCUCCGGCAGGGACAAUCCCUGAGGAUGCGGUGCAGGAGGCAGCUCCAUCAGGGACAGUCCCUGAGGAUGCGGUGCAGGAGACAGAGGCAGCUCCGUCAGGGACAGUCCCUGAGGAUGCGGUGCAGGAGACAGAGGCAGCUCCGUCAGGGACAAUCCCUGAGGAUGCGGUGCAGGAGACAGAGGCAGCUCCGUCAGGGACAGUCCCUGAGGAUGCGGUGCAGGAGGCAGCCCCGGCAGGGACAGUCCCUGAGGAUGCGGUGCGGGAGGCAGCCCCGGCAGGGACAGUCCCUGAGGAUGCGGUGCAGGAGGCAGCCCCGGCAGGGACAGUCCCUGCGGAGGGGGGCGCGGAGGCUGCCGAGAGCCGCGGGGCAGCGGAGGUGGCCUUGCCCGCUGGCGGUCCCCGGUCCCCGGGCGGCCCCGGUGGCGAGGCCGCGGCGGAGGCGGAGCGGGGACCCGCAGCCCCGGCGGGGACAGGAGCCCCGGGGACAGCGGCCAGCGGGACCCCGGGCCCCGAGAGCGGGUGGGGCGCGGCGGAUCGGAGCCUGAACGGGGAGCGGGGCCGGGCGCAGAGCGAGGAGCACCGGACAAGCUCGCCGGCAGCCCUGGAGGAGGAGGAGGAGGAUGAGAAGCAGGAACACGACAUCUCCCUCUUCGUCAAGGCUGGCAGUGAUGGGGAAAGUAUUGGAAACUGCCCGUUCUCUCAGCGCCUCUUUAUGAUCCUGUGGCUCAAAGGUGUCAUAUUUAAUGUCACAACCGUGGAUUUGAAAAGAAAACCUGCGGACCUGCAGAACCUGGCCCCGGGCACCAACCCCCCGUUCAUGACUUUUGACGGGGAAGUGAAAACCGACGUCAACAAGAUCGAGGAAUUCUUGGAGGAAAAGCUGGCGCCGCCCCGGUAUCCCAAACUUGCACCGAAGCACCCCGAGUCGAACUCUGCAGGAAAUGAUGUCUUUGCAAAAUUCUCUGCGUUUAUAAAGAACCCAAGAAAAGAUGCAAAUGAAAAUUUGGAAAAAUCCUUGCUUAAAGCCCUGAAGAAGCUGGACAACUAUUUAAAUAGCCCCUUGCCUGAUGAAAUCGAUGCUUACAGCAUGGAGGAGAUCACUGUUUCCAGCCGGAAAUUCCUGGAUGGAGAUGAGCUCACUUUAGCGGAUUGCAACCUCCUACCAAAGCUCCACAUAAUCAAGGUUGUUGCAAAAAAAUACCGAAAUUUUCAUUUUCCACCUGAAAUGACAGGGAUUUCGAGAUACUUGAAAAAUGCAUACGCAAGAGAUGAAUUUACAAACACGUGCCCUGCUGACCAGGAGAUUGAAUAUGCAUAUUUGGAUGUGGCAAAGAGAAUGAAGUAACCAGAAGAUGCCUCUGUUUAUUGCUUCUGUGAUGGGCAACAGCCAAGCUGGAAAAGCAAAAACCAGCAGAGAUUCUGCAGUGUGAUUUUAAGUUCUGCUAUUGGCCAAUCCUUGUAUAAUGAUUGUAUUGCAUUAUUUACUCCUUCUUAAAUGA